UUCUUGCCAUCUCCUCUUGAUUUUUUCCUUGUCCUGACUCUAUCCUAGUCGCUCCUCAUUUACUUCCGAACUGUCCACUCGAUCGCGUCCAGGUUCAAUCGCGCAUCAGUCACCACCAUUGUCACUGUAACAAAUGCUCCUCUCUAUAAUUGCUUCAAUAUCAUCCACGAAAAGAAAAAACACCAAGAAGAAGGAAGAGGUUCACAAACUCACGAUUAGCCCAAGAUCAUACUCCUAAUCUUUAUCAAGAAAAAGGAGAUGGGAGAGGUCGAUCUGGCGUUCAUACAAGACGUCGAACAUAGGCCCAAGCUCGCCGCCAUUCAAGCCGAAGGCAUCCCGCUCAUCGACCUUGCCGCCCUCGCCGGCUACUCACCCUCCGACGGCACGGUCGCUGCUUCCACCACUGCCUUCGAAGAGCUCGUGGCGGAGAUAGGGGAGGCUUGCAAGAAGUGGGGAUUCUUCGCGGUGGUGAACCAUGGCGUGGCGGCAGAGAAGAGGGAGAGGAUGGAGCGGGAGGCGAGGGAGUUCUUCGGGCAGAGCUUGGAGGAGAAGAAGAAGGUGAGGAGGGACGAGAAGAGGGUGGUCGGGUACUAUGAGACAGAGCACACCAAGAACGUGAGGGACUGGAAGGAAGUCUUCGACUUUACCGUAAAAGAGCCAACGCUCGUCCCGGCCUCGCCCAAGGACGGCGAAGAGGCUAUCAUGGAGUGGAACAAUCAGUGGCCUGAGUACCCUCCUGGAUUAAGGGAAGCAUGCGAAGAGUACGCACAAGAAUUGGAGAAACUCGCGUACAAGCUGAUGGGACUGAUAGCUCAGAGCCUGGGCUUGCCCGCGAACAGGUUUGACGAAUACUACAAGGACCACACCACCUUCGUCCGGCUCAACCACUACCCGCCGUGCCCCGCGCCGCACCUCGCUCUGGGCGUAGGCCGCCACAAGGACUCGGGGGCGCUCACCAUCCUGUCUCAAGACGACGUCGGAGGCCUCGAGGUGAAAAGGAAGAGUGAUGGGGAGUGGGUCCUAGUCAAGCCCAUCCCUGAUGCCUUCAUUAUCAAUGUUGGUGACAUUAUCCAGGUUUGGAGCAAUGAUACUUACGAGAGCGUCGAGCAUAGAGUGAUGGUGAAUUCAAAGAAGGAGAGGUUCUCGAUUCCAUUCUUCUUCAACCCAUCACACUAUGUCAUGGUGCAGCCACUGAAAGAAUUGACUGAUGAGCACAACCCUCCAAAGUACAGGCCAUACAACUGGGGCAAGUUCUUGGUCACUCGAAAAGGAAGCAACUUCAAGAAGCUUGAUGUUGAGAACCUUCAGAUAUAUCAUUUUAGGAUAUGAGAUUCAGAAGUAGAAUCUCCGAACAAUGACCAUCUAUUGUGCUGAGACACGGGGAGAUAUGCAACAUUGUUGUAGCUAAAGCUUUUUAAUUAGCUGUGGAGACUUUAAACUUUGCAGGAGAAUGUAAGGAAUGUGAAUGUUGAUUGUGAAUAUUGUGUGUUCGCCUAAAUGAAUAGUGGAACUGAGCACAGUGGUUUCAAUGCAGUGCGUUCGUUUUCUGAUGUAAA